GUGUGAACCAUCUCCGCCGCUUUUUCGGGAGAAAAAAACAACAAAUGCCCAAAUCCAAAGCGGCCCGAGGGGCCGCGAAUCCGGAGAAGCAUGCGCCCUUGGCCGAGCAGAUCCUGGCCGGGGAGGCGGUGCGGGCCGGGGCCCGGGAGAAGCGUCGAGGUCGCGGGGCCGAGGAGGAGGAAGAGUACGUGGGGCCCCGGCUGACCCGCCGGAUUUUGCAGCAAGCCCGGCAGCAGCAGGAGGAGCUCGAGGCGGAGCAUGGAGCCGGGGAGCGGCCGGCCGGGCCGCGGGAGCGCGCCACGCGGCUGGGGCCGGGAUUGCCACAGGAUGGAUCAGACGAUGAGGAUGAGGAAUGGCCCACCCUGGAAAAGGCAGCCAAAAUGUCUGGGAUGAGCCACCAAGCCGAGGUGGUUGUGGACCCUGAGGACGAACGUGCCAUAGAAAUGUUCAUGAACAAGAACCCUCCAGUCAGGCGAACCCUGGCUGACAUCAUCAUGGAGAAACUGACGGAGAAGCAGACGGAGGUGGAGACGGUCAUGUCGGAGGUGUCGGGCUUCCCCAUGCCGCAGCUGGACCCCCGGGUCCUGGAGGUCUACAGAGGGGUCCGAGAGGUGCUGUCUAAGUAUCGCAGCGGGAAGCUGCCCAAGGCUUUCAAGAUCAUCCCUGCGCUCUCCAACUGGGAGCAAAUCCUCUACGUCACGGAGCCCGAGGCCUGGACUGCGGCCGCCAUGUACCAAGCCACCAGGAUCUUUGCCUCUAACCUGAAGGAACGCAUGGCGCAGCGCUUCUACAACCUCGUCCUGCUUCCUCGGGUGCGGGAUGACAUCGCCGAAUACAAGCGCCUCAACUUCCACCUCUACAUGGCCCUCAAGAAGGCCCUGUUCAAGCCGGGAGCCUGGUUCAAAGGAAUCCUGAUCCCACUGUGCGAGUCGGGCACGUGCACCCUGCGGGAAGCCAUCAUCGUGGGAAGCGUCCUCACCAAGUGCUCCAUCCCGGUCCUGCACUCCAGCGCGGCCAUGCUGAAGAUCGCCGAGAUGGAGUACAGCGGUGCCAACAGCAUCUUCCUGCGGCUGCUGCUGGACAAGAAGUACGCACUGCCCUACCGCGUGCUGGACGCCCUGGUCUUCCACUUCCUGGGCUUCCGGACGGAGACGCGCCAGCUCCCAGUGCUCUGGCACCAGUGCCUCCUGACAUUGGCCCAGCGCUACAAGGCGGACCUGGCCUCCGACCAGAAAGAGGCCCUCCUAGAACUGCUCCGGCUGCAGCCCCACCCACAGCUGUCGCCCGAGAUCAGGCGCGAGCUUCAGGGCGCUGUCCCCCGAGAUGUGGAGGACGCCCCCGUCACCAUGGACUGAGAAGGGUCAUUGUCCUGGUCCAGGUGGCACCGGGGAACACCAGGUGGCCAGGGAUGACACUAGCUCUGGGGUUCAUGACAAGGUCCUGGGGGCGUCUGUGGCUCUAGGCCUGGGCAGGGAGACCUGGGCCCGGCUGGCUCCCGUGCCCUCAGCCGCCUCUCUGCCAUGUGGCUGGCCCCCUGUAGGCCUUGUCCCUGCUCACUUGUGGGACCGGACUCAGGCUCUGCACUUGCUGAGGCUCGAGCCUGGCCACUGGGAUGCAGAUUAAAGCAAAGGCAGGUAUUUAUUGAA